AUGUGGAACCGAGUCGUUGUCAGACACCAGUCCACCGCAGUGACCGGAUCGCUGCUCAAACAAACACAACAGACCGGUCCUGUUUCCAGACUCAGCAAGGUCUUCCCGCAAAUCGAGCAGGUCAACGCCGAAAACUUGUACACAAAACCUUUCCGUGACUUUUACCACAUCUCCCGAACUAGCAAGGGAAACCUUCCUGUGUACAAAACCAUCAAGAGCCAGGCCGUCAAUACAGAGGUGCGAAAGGUUCAGGGUAACCUCCCAAAGCUCAGAGAAGACGUGCAGAAAUUGUUCCCAAACAAACCUAAAGACCACUUUAUCUGCAAAAUGCAAAGCAUGACCCUCUACAUCAAGGGAGACGUCUCCAAGGAACUGAAGAAGUAUUUGGAACCUUACUUCUAG